UAAAGUGAUACUCCCUCCUUCCCUAAAUUACAUUCCUAUUUCUAGCAUUUAACGGAAGGAAUAUUGAUUUUCGCAUUUUCUUAUUUACGACGAAACCUUCUAAAAGCGAGAAAGAAAACACAAGAAAUAACAAUGGCGGAAGUUCUUAGUUGCCAAACCCUUGACCAAUUUAAGCAGAAUCUUGAGGAUGGAAACUCUAAGAAAUUGACUGUGAUCAAUUUCACUGCAACAUGGUGUGCACCGUGUCGUUUCAUGGCACCAAUUCUGUCUGAAUUUGCCAACAAGUAUGAAGAUGUGUUGUUUUUCAAGGUUGAUGUUGAUGAGCUCAAGACUAUUGCUGAGGAUUAUAAAGUCCACUCCCUGCCAACUUUUGUUUUCCUGAAAGACGGAAAAGAAGUUAACAGGUUCGUAGGUGCAAAUAAAGAGACUCUUCUGAAACUCGUUACUAAGCAUUCUGGUCGAAGUUUGCCUGAGGCUGAUCCCGCACCAUCCACCUAAUGAUGUUAUCAAUGAAUUCUUUACUUUGCCAUGUUAAUACAUCCUGGAUUAUGACUUUAUUAUUGUAUGAUUCAGCUUUGGGUUUAUGGUUUUUAAGAUAACAUAAUAUUGUGUUUUCGUGGUGGGUGUGUUUAUAUAGAUGAGUUGAUUGUGUGAUUUAUACCUAUAGUUUGACAAUCUUUCUCUCAUUCUCUGUACUGUGUUCGGGUUUUUUAUCUGUUGUUCAAACAGUAGGGUUACUACCAAUAUAUGAACUGAAUGGACAGUUUGAUGUUAAAGAUCCUUGUUUGUUAUCAAUGCUAUGGAUUUUCUGGUUUA